UUUAUAAAUUUUUUCUAUUUUAUGGCUAUUUGCGAUAUUCUCCUCUUUUUUAUGGGUUUUAUUCAAAUGAUCAAUUCAUAUCUGAAAAAAUUCGUUAUCCGUUGCCGUUGGCUUAUCUUUUGUCAAUUCUUUUUGAUAGCAAAAAAUGCAAGGAUCAGCAAGUUGUCAGGCACUAAAGCAGAGCAAUACGUAUUUAAUUGGAAACUUUUUACUGGUUGGGAUUAUUCCAUUGGCUCGGCUGAAACGGCACAGAACACUGCAAUGGCGGUAGUUAUUAAACUUCGUGAGGCUAUCAAUGAGUGUCAUAGUUAUGCCGGACGUGCAUGUAUUCCUUCACGUUGGGCAAUCCGAAUUGUGACCAAUACAGUGAUUAUCGGAAUGAUUGCUCUUUCAGUCUAUUGCAUUCAAGCAGCAAUGCGUUCUUCAGAAACCGUAGAAAAGUCAUCUGGCAGUUUAUUCACUAAAAAUCAGGUUACAAUUAAAAAUAAUUAUUUUCUAAUUAAUCCUCAGGUUCCGUUACUAAUGUCUACAAUUACACACAUCUUUCCUAUGAUAUUUGAUCUCAUAGGAAGGGGUGAAAGACAUCACGCAAGAACUGCAUUGCGUCUACAUCUAAUCAGAAUAUCAGCGCUUUAUAUAAUUAAUUAUGUGACUUUGAUGCUUUCUUUAUUCGAAAAACUUGACAACAUUAGAGACAUAUCUCGUGUAACUGCAGCCACUUUACUUGAUGAUUCUGCCGAAAAUACAGCAGAUUAUGAUAGAUGGAAUUCUAAUUCAAAUCAACAAACACAACAAUUUUAUAGUAGAAACUUUUCUUCUCCAAAUCAAUUGAAACAAUUUUUUAUGGAUGCUUUUAAUUUUGUGACAAGGCAACACGGACGUCGACAAGCAGAGAAUGGAGGUGAAGAAAUAGGAAAACUUAAUGUUGAUGGUUUGUACUUUAAUUAUAUUUUUAAAUUGGGAUUUUGUCUGGCAGGAACUUCUGUUACUGUUCGUGCUCAAUUUGGCCCUGUUGGUGUAAAUAAUCCAACGGUUUUAUUGCGAAAUUAUACACAACAUCCAGUGAUUGAAUCAGAUUCUUUUGAGACAAGAAAGAUUGGACCAACACCUUUACCUUUGUUCACUCCACCGCCAAUUCCACCAACAACACGCACACCAACAUUUCGAGAACAAAAUUUUGGCCCUAACUGGAAAAACUUGGAUACAAAAUCUGAUAAAGAACGACGGAAUGAUGAAAGGGAUCACCAAUUAUCAACAACUCCAAUUUUGGCUUCAACAGUGCCUAACAUUACUGUUAAAAGGCCGAUUGAUGGACUUCCAUUUGCAAAAAUUGAAAAAAUGCCGACAUUGCCAAUGGGGAAUGGUGGAGAGGAAAGGUCUACCUUUAGAGGAAAUGGUCGUUUAACCUCUGUUGAUGUUACUUCUCGUAAUCACAAUCAGCAGAGACUGUCAGAGAUCGUUGAGCCAGAAGCAACAACUUCUACAGCUAUACAAACAGCUACAAUUCAAUCUACUGAUUGGACAAACGAUGAUGAUGAUAUUGAGAAUAAUGUUCAUUAUAACGAAGAAAUAUGUUGGGAAACUAUGCUUGGACAAGAAAUUGUUAAAUUAGUUACAAUGGACCUUUACAUCACAAUUAUAUCAAUUUUCUUAAUUGAUUUUGUUCGUGGUAUUUGGAUUCGUUAUUGUUCCUCUUGGUGGUGUUGGGAUAUUGAAACAACUUUUCCAGAAUAUGGAGAAUUUAAAGUAGCCGAAAAUGUCCUUCAUAUCUGUAAUAAUCAGGGAAUGGUUUGGCUUGGCCUUUUCUUUACACCUUUAUUGCCAGCUAUUAAUAGCUUUAAGCUUAUCUGUUUAAUGUAUAUUCGAGGUUGGGCAUGUACAACUUGUAAUGUUCCAGCAAGAGAAAUUUUUCGUGCUUCUAGAUCAUCCAGUUUCUUCCUUUAUAUUCUUUUGAGUGCUCUUCUUCUUUGUAUAGUUCCAGUUGGUUAUGUAAUAACCGUAAAAAGACCAUCAAUUCUUUGUGGUCCAUUCGCUGGUCAAUCUCAUUUUUAUGCAAUUGUCACUGAUUUAAUCAAAGGACAUGUUAAUAGGAAGGUUCUUCGUUGGGUGCGUUAUUUGACUUCGCCUGGUGUGAUAUUCCCAUUUAUUUUGUUGCUUGUCUUGUUUAUUUUCUUCCUUUUUUCAUUGGUUCGUGGACUUCGAAAAGCGAACAGUGAUUUACAAAAUCAACUUAUUCAUGAAAGAACUGAAGAAAAACGAAAAAUUUUUGAAUUGGCUGGCGGUGGUACGCGCAAGAAAGGGCCAAGUUCUUUUGGUGCAUCAACUGUACGUGCAGCAGCAAAUUUAUUACAACCACACAAAAGUGGAAGUCAGCGAAAAAUGAUUGCCGGUCAGCAUUUGCCGGAGGUAGAAAAGAAACGUCGUGAGCCUUGGCGUAUUUUUAGAAGGGAAUCAAAUAGUAAAGACAAUCAUACUACUUUAUCUUUUUGCCCAUCUGAUGAACCACCUAGUUCGUUAAAUUCUCCAAUUUCAAUUGAAGCGCCAGUGUUGGAAUCAUUAGCAAAAAAUCAGGCAACACUAACUCAAAAUGAUAAAAAGCAACAACAUCCUUCAAUAAUUCCUUUAAAUGCGACAAAUGGUAGAAUUAGACCUUCAAUUAGUUCUGUUGAAAAAUUUGAUCGUCAUAGUAUUCACUCGUCUUCUGAUACACUAAAACAUGCUUCUCCUAAAAAGUUGCAAAAUCAACAACCUAGUACUGCAGCAAUUACUCAAAAUAGAAAAAACGGCGAUGGUUUACCUAGGAGAUUUAGUGGAGGAGAUGGCUAUGAUAUUUCAGAAGGCACACCUGAGACUGUUCGAAAGUUGAUUGCACAACAUCAAAAUUCUCAGCAGCAACAACAAAAGCAACUAAAUAUUCCAUUGUUUCCAAUAGACUUGCCAUCUAUAAGAGAAGAUAUUUCAAGCAUUAAAGAACCUUCCUGCAGUGUUGUGACUUGUAAAGAUGAAAUAGAUAAAAAGAAGCCAGAAGUGACGAAAGUUGAAGUAAAAUCCCCAAAAGCUACAGCAAAAUCAUCUUCAAAUUUGAAACGUCAUAAAAUAAUUCCUAACAAGCUUAAUUUAACACAAUGUUUGAAUCGACAAACUUCAAUAACCUCUCCUGUUGAUGCUGAUGUUGUUUCCUCAAAAAAUAACAUUACUAAACCAAAUGAAGAUUAUUCGGUUGUUUUGAGUGAUGAGGUUUCUGAUACAUACGAUUUCAUCAAUGCAGGCAUUCCCUCUGGAGAGGCGCCUCAUCGAAUUUCAUUAUAUUCGCGUGAGCCGCGAAGAAUUGGUGCUGGUGAUGGGACAACACAUCAAAUAUCUGAUAGAAAACAACUUCCAAUUCAUUCCUUACAAACAGGAAAAAAUAUUAAGGAAAAGCAAACACCAAAACAACAAAAACAAACAACAGCAAAGCAAUCACAUUCACCACCAGAUUCUAAACCGAGAAGAUUAUCUAUGAAGUCACACACAUCCAGUGAAUCCAAUGUUCUUCCUGCUGGGAUGAGCAGUCAAUUUGCAUCCCCAGAUGAGAUAAAAAACCAACAACGGACACAAUUAUUACGUCCAACAAGCAUUGGACCUCUUUCAAAAAUUAGGCAUAUAGAGAGAGGAGGAGAGAUUAAUAAAAACAUUCCUACACCAUCAACUUCAUCACUUCAAUCUACAUCAUUAUCGUUGAAACAACAACCAGUUGAAAGGCAGAAUCGUGCUAAAUCACCUUCAAAAAUGAUCAAAUCAAUUCAUUCUGGUGAAUUGCCAAGUUAUCGACAAUCUAGACAAAUGUCGCCACCACGUCGUUUUCGAAUUACAGUUUCACCAACACGGCAAAUGACAAUUAUAAAUCAAGAAGUUGAAAUGAUAGAAGAAUCACAUCCGACUUUGGAAGAGUCACAGAAAAAGUCUCCAAGACGUACAGUGAUCAAACAACAAGUAUUUACUGGAUCUACUUCAACUUUUGGAGACCCCGUUUCCGGUUUGGGAGAAGAAAGGGGCUCCUCAUUGACCGCGGCUUGUCGUCGUAUGAAUCAAAAACAACAAUUGGGAGGCCAACAAAAUUUAGCCCCUCGAAUAGAAUUUGGCGAUGAUGAUUCCCCACGUGUUGAACAAUUUCCCUCAUUUUUGAAGCAAAAUUUACCCAAAUAUUAA